AAUAAAUUAUCAGUAUACGUAAGUAUCAACGAAAAGGGCAUUUUUUUUAAUUUACAAGAUCGACCACAUACCAAACAGAAUUUCUAAAGUAAAUACCAGUACGCUUAAUCACACUGUUGCUACAGUUUUGAGAUAAAAAAUUAACGGUUAUCUCUGUGCAAAUAGUGGUUAAUUUAAUUACUGAAAACGUGCUUAGAUGGGACACGCAAAAGUGUAGAAGUGGUAGCACGUAAAAAAGUUUACGAUGUCUAAGGUGGUCAGUGAAAAUGUGCCCCUUUUGCCAAAAUCUUCACAGGAUAAUAACGGGAGCAUUAGUGACGAUGAUAGUUCGGAGUCUUUAUCAGCCAAACUAAGUUCGUUUAGGAUUCCCAUUUAUGGUACGGACUCGAGCAGGAUUAAAAGUGUCGUGCCAAUAAAUCAAAGGAUUACGUAUUCUUGGCACGACUUGAACGUUUUCACACAACAAAACCGGGAAAUCCGGAAGAGAUGUUUCAACUUUGGACGGACGAUUGAAGAUGCACCAGUCAAACACAUAUUGAAGAAUGUGAGCGGAAUCGCUUAUCCGGGUGAAUUGCUGGCAAUUCUCGGUUCCAGCGGUUCGGGCAAGACGACGCUGCUGAACGCGCUGAAUUUCAGAUCGAGCACGAACAUAACGGUGACGGGAACGCGAUGCGUGAACGACGUCCCAGUGGCCUCCAGAUCCCUCACCAGCCAAUCGGCCUACGUUCAACAGGACGACUUAUUUAUCGGCACACUAACAGUUCGCGAACAUCUCGUCUUUCAGGCGCUUCUGCGAAUGGAUAAACACAUCUCCCUUGAAGGAAGGAUGCAGCGUGUUAAUGAAGUCAUUGCGGAGUUGUCGUUGAAUAAGUGCGAAAACACCCGGAUAGGGACGCCGGGUCGAGUGAAGGGCAUCUCAGGUGGUGAACAAAAACGCCUUUCCUUCGCCUCGGAGGUUCUCACAAAUCCAGCGUUGAUGUUUUGUGACGAACCAACAUCAGGGCUGGACUCCUUCAUUGCCUUAAACGUGGUACAAGUGCUGAAGGGCAUGGCUCAAUCAGGGAAGACCGUCAUAUGCACUAUACACCAGCCCUCUUCAGAAUUGUACGCGAUGUUUGACAAGCUACUGCUCAUGGCCGAGGGGAGGGUCGCUUUCCUAGGGACUCCUGAAGAAGCCGACCUGUUUUUUACCGAAAUUGAGGCACCGUGCCCAAACAACUACAAUCCUGCUGAUUAUUUCGUCCAAUUAUUGGCAAUUGCGCCCGGAAAAGAGACUGCAUGCAGACAAGCUGUCGAUCAAAUCUGUCAAAGUUUCAAAGAAAGUGAUUUGGGAGUGAAAAUAGAACUUGAAUCAGCACCUACAAGCAAAAAUGGGUUUAGUGACUCUUGGUCCACCACCGAGUACAAAAGUCCAUACAAAGCAAAUUGGUUGGCUCAAUUCAGGGCUGUGGUUUGGAGGUCUUGGUUGAACGUGAUCAAAGAGCCACUGUUAAUUAAAGUUCGCCUUGUACAAACCAUUAUGGUCUCGUUGAUUAUUGGAGCCAUUUACUCAGGCCAGCAACUAACCCAAGACGGAGUUAUGAAUAUCAACGGUGUUCUUUUUAUAUUUCUAACAAAUAUGACAUUUCAGAACGUUUUUGCAGUUAUCAACGUGUUCUGUUCAGAGUUGCCGAUAUUUCUUCGGGAGAACAGAAACGGAAUGUACAGAACGGAUGUAUAUUUUCUGAGCAAAACAGUAGCCGAAUUCCCAAUAUUUAUAGCCAUGCCUAUGAUGUUUACAGCAAUAUGUUACUAUAUAAUUGGUUUGAAUCCAGAAAUUACACGUUUCUUUCUGGCCUGUGCAAUUGUAACUUUGGUAGCGAAUGUUUCCACCAGUUUUGGUUAUCUGAUAUCCUGUGCAUCGGGCAGCGUUUCGAUGGCGUUCUCAGUGGGCCCGCCCCUCAUCAUUCCCUUUCUGCUCUUCGGUGGCUUCUUCCUGAAUAUCAAUUCGAUACCGUUUUAUUUCACCUGGAUAUCAUAUCUUUCCUGGUUCAGAUAUGGAAAUGAGGCGCUUCUAAUAAAUCAGUGGAGCAACGUCACAGACAUAAAUUGUCCCACUGUCAAUUCUACAUGUCCCAGGGACGGGCAUGUUGUACUUGAAGUGUACCAUUUUGAUGAGAGCUAUGACGCCAGUACAGACACAAUAAACUGUCCGAUUUAUCAGGGGCGAAGUGGUUACAGCAGAUGGUCACCGAUAGAAGAGGGCAUUACCAUCUCAUGGGACGACCUCAGUGUGUUCGCUAAAGUCAAAAAGACCAGCAACAAUAAAGGCUACAAAAGAAUUGUGAAUGGCGUGUCCGGAGCUGUCAAACCUGGAAGCCUGGUGGCUCUGAUGGGUUCCAGCGGAGCUGGAAAGAGCACCUUCAUGGGGGCACUUGCAAACAGAUUGCCAGUGGGAAUGGAAUACGAUGGUACCAUUCUCAUCAAUGGUAGAAAAACUGGUGAUUACAUGAAGUAUUUGAGUGGUUACAUGCACCAAGACGAUUUGUUUGUGGCCAGCCUUACAGUAGCUGAACAUAUGAGCAUAAUGGCACGAUUGAAGCUGGACAGAAGGACUUCAUACGUAGACAGACAGAAGAAAAUUCAUGAAAUCCUCAGGAAUCUGGGUCUUAUGAAAUGUUUGAAUACUAGAAUUGGUGGCAUUGGAAAUGGAAAGUCCUUGUCUGGUGGUGAGAAGAAGCGACUGUCAUUCGCUACUGAAUUGUUGACUGACCCCCCAAUUUUGUUUUGUGAUGAGCCCACAACGGGGUUGGACUCUUACUCAGCUGAAACUUUAGUGAAAAUGAUGAACAAAAUGUCAGCCCAAGGCAAAACUAUCAUUUGCACAAUUCAUCAACCUUCAUCAGGCAUAUUCACGAUGUUCAGCCAAGUAAUUUUGCUGGCAGAAGGCAGAAUCGCUUACAUGGGCUCAAUUUCCAACGCCAUUGAAUUUUUCAACGGUUUGGGUUAUAAAUGUCCGACCUCCUACAAUCCAUCGGAGUUCUUCAUAAAAACUCUGUCUACUACGCCGGGUUACGAGGAUAAUAAAAAGGUUGUAAAAAAUAUUUGCGACAAUUUCGCGGUGAGUGACUAUGCAAAAGAAGUCGACGUUGUGCUGCAGUACGAACUUUACAAAACCAGUUGCGACACCGUCAAGCCGUAUACGUUGAAGAAGAAUUACAAGGAACUUUACUGGUGGUCGAAGUUGUAUUGGCUGACGCAUCGAUCCUUCUUGGAUAUAUUGAGGAACCCUUCCAUCCAGGGCAUGAGAAUAUUACAGAAAAUUGGAAUAGCCAUAAUGGUAGGCCUGUGUUAUUUGGGAACAGACCCUUACACACAAGCAGGAGUUCAGUCCGUGCAAGGAGCAAUUUUUAUGAUAGUAACGGAAAACACAUUUAAUCCAAUGUACUCGGUGUUGGCUGAAUUUCCUGAAACUACUCCUCUAUUCCUGAGAGAAUACAGAUCAGGGCUUUACCACCCGUUAUUAUAUUACCUCUGCAGAAUAUUAUCAAUGUUACCUGGAUUAAUACUCGAGCCGGUCAUUUAUGUAAUUAUCUGUUAUAAAUUGUCUGGAUUAAUGUCCACAACUUAUGCACUAAUGAUGUCCAUACUUGCCGGAGUUUUGACCAUGAACGUCUCAACGUCUUGUGGAGUGUUUUUUGCCAACGCCUUUGAUUCAGCACCAGCAGGAAUGGCAUAUUUGGUACCCUUCGAUUAUGUCCUCAUGGUCACUUCAGGGUUAUUCAUUAAGCUGAGUACCUUACCACAAUUCCUCACUUGGACACAAUACUUAUCCUGGCUGAAGUACUCCACCGAAUCCCUCAGCAUAAUCCAAUGGCAAGGCGUACGAAAUAUAACUUGCGAAACCGAAGGCACGGACAUUCCUUGCUUGCGCGACGGCAAUCAGGUAUUGGAAAAAUUCAGCUUUUCCGAAGACAAUCUGACACGCGAUCUUUGGAAUAUGGUGUUUUUAUGCCUCACUUUCUACAUUCUCGGCUAUUUCUGUCUUUGGAUUAAAAUACGGAGGAAAUGAUUUGUAUGUGUAUGUGCGAGCACACCGAAUAAACGGCGGAAAACCUGAAAA